AUAGACAUGCAGCUGUUCACAUGUGCAGCAAAUAUAUUCUUUCAAAACAUUUAGAGCGUCUUUUACAGAGUGCUUUUGGCAUCUCAUGAGCCGAUAGUCUGCUCUCUGUAAUACUGUCCUCAGAACUUCCUAUUCAGUUGUUGGACCUCCUUGACAUGCGCCAUGAAUCCUGACGAAAGUGAGGAUGAGUCCGUGUUUCAAAGAACCAUUCUGGAACCUGGUCAAGUGAAGGGAGGAUCUUCCGGGAGUCCCAAAUUGUUGUAUAUCUUGUCAUUCCUGAGCGCCAUUGGCGGAUUCAUAUUCGGUUAUGACACCGGCGUGGUGUCCGGAGCCAUGAUGCUCGUACGAAAAGACUUUCAAUUGUCCAACUUCUGGCAUGAACUCAUCGUGUCGGGAACAAUUGGUUCAGCCUUGAUUUUUUCUCUGUUGGGAGCCCGGAUCGCGGAUCAAUAUGGCCGCAAAGCCACAAUCUUUGCGGCAAGUGUGGCGUUCACGAUUGGGACGUUCUUUAUGGGCUUGGCCAGCGGUCCAGUCACUUUGCUCUUGGGCCGAUUGGUGGUUGGUAUUGGCAUUGGCUUUGCGAGCAUGGGCGUGCCGUUGUACAUUUCCGAGGCGAGUCCACCCAAACAACGAGGCCGCUUGGUUCUACUCAACCAAUUGUUCAUCACGGGUGGUCAAUUCGUGGCGAGUGUGGUUUGCGGAGUCUUCUCGGAUUCCAAAGAGGGAUGGCGUUAUAUGUUUGGCCUCGGUGCCAUUCCCGCUGUGAUCCAAUUCUUCGGGUUCCUUCCCAUGCCAGAAUCGCCUCGAUAUCUGGUGGAGAAAGGCCGUCUUGAAGAAGCUUUGGUGGUUUUGACUCGGAUCAGGAACUCCUUCGAUAAUGUUCAGGUAGAGCUUGAAGAGAUGAAAAUUGCCGCCUCGCAAGACGAAAAUCAGCGUCAAAUCUCCAUAUCCGAUGUCAUGGCCGUGGGCAGCAUACGGAAGGCUCUGAUUGUGGGAUGCUUGCUCCAGAUUUUUCAGCAGCUCUGUGGCAUUAACACCGUUAUGUACUACAGUGCCACCAUUAUUCAAAUGGCAGGUGUGGAAAAUGAAAGCACAGCCAUCUGGCUGGCUUCGGUGACAGCUCUGAUUAAUAUGGUUUGUUGCUUUGCCGGUUUAUAUUUCGUCGACAGUCGCGGACGCCGACCUUUGCUUCUAUUUUCAUUGGGAGGUGUGGCCUUGAGUCUGUUUUUGUUGAGUGGCACGUUUUUCCUGAUGAAUAAUCACACACCUAUGGCGCAGAAUUAUUCUCCAACUUCGACGUUACCUUGUGAACAAGCCCGUUCUUGUGGAGAGUGUUUGAACCUUGCUUGUGGCUUCUGUUUAGAUGUUCAGAGUAACCAAGGAAUUUGCAUUGCCUCCAACAGCUCAUCUUGUCUAUCCGACACAUCCUCCUGGAUUAUGGAGGCCUGUCCAAGUGGUUAUGCCGGCUUGGCAGUAUUCAUCAUGUGCCUUUACUUGUUGUUCUUUGCACCGGGUUUGGGGCCUUUGCCUUGGACCAUAAACACAGAGAUCUAUCCCACAUGGGCCCGGUCGACGUGUAGUGGGAUUGCUACGUCGGUCAACUGGGGCAGCAAUCUUUUCGUUUCCAUGACUUUUCUAUCCAUGAUUAGUCUCAUAGGUCAAUCUUAUACAUUUCUCUUUUAUGGAGUCGUGUCCUUAGUUGGAUUACUCACAUUUUACAUAACCCUACCGGAGACAAAAGACCGAUCGUUAGAAGAGACUUCCAGUUUGUUUGAUUCUCCAGAGAGUAAAGGACUUCGUUAUUCCAAAUUAGAUGGAAACCCAUUCAAUGCUAAUGGUUCGCCAUGAAGGAAAAUAGCGUAAUCACGAUCAAAUGUUGCAACAACAACAUCCACGUACAACAUACAAUGUGAAGGAGAAAAGAUCUGACUAUAACAUAAAAUGCCGCUUUUUAAACAUUGGCUAGCAUAUUGGCAUUUUGGCUUUUUCUAUUGCAAUGUCUCCUUGCGUAGUUCUUUCUCAAACUUCUUAUGAGAGCUUUUCGGUAGAUUUACCUGUAUUUAAAGAUUCUGUGAUAAGGUAAAAAAUCACCUCUUCCACCCGCUCGGAGCCUCCUCUUCAAUGUAUUAAAUUAUGAUCUGAUCCUGUAAUAAAAAUGAAACAAAAAGUAA